AUGGAAAAGCCCCACCAUAGUCAUGCAGCUGCUCUGCUUCCGCCCCCGCCGGCCUUUGCGCGUGGUGGGGUGCACACGAGCGGAGGCGGUGGGCGCGCGAAGCGGCGCUACCACCACUUCUCUGACAAGAACGUGGUGGACCUUCGCCGCCUCGACACCGACGAUGCCAACAGCGUCAGUAUCAGCAGCAGUAACAACAGCCGUAGCAAACGAAACACCAGCGGGGGAAGUAGCGUUCACCUCUCCCGCGGCGGGCAUCACCAUCACCACCCUCCUCAGCCGCAACAACAACAACAACAACAACAACAACAACAACAGCAACAACAAUGCCGGCCGUCGCCGGUGUCGUGUAGUAGUUGUGGUAUACCGCUGCAGUCCAGCGUGUCGAGUAACUACGAUCCGCCGUCGAAGGUUCUUGACUUUCUCUUUCUUGGCGGUGUUCGUGACGCCACCAACGCAGAGUUCCUGCGGCGCGAGAAUAUCGUGACAAUCCUCAACAUCUCACGUGAGGAGUACUGGUCGGUCGACCGCGGCAUUGUCGUGCACCCGUUCGCCGUCGACGACACGACUGACGCGGACAUCGCGCAGCAUUUCCGGCCGGCCUUUGCGCUGCUGGAGGCGUCGCGCCGCGCUUACUACGAGGCGCGACAGCGCGGCGCUUCUGCUGGGCCGC